AUGCGCUUGCUAGAGUGCGAUAAUGCUGACGGAUAUCGGCUCACCAAAGUACUAUUAGAUAACAGCAUUCCUCCUUAUGCAAUUCUCUCACAUACAUGGGGAAGUGACGAACAGGAAGUCAAUUUCGAAGAUAUAAACUCAGGUAAUGGCAAAGCAAAAACCGGUUAUGAGAAGAUCCAGUUUUGCGGAAAACAGGCUGCUUGUGACAACAUCGAUUAUUUCUGGGUGGAUACUUGUUGUAUUAAAAAGACGAGCGACUCUGAGUUGACCGAAUCUCUGAACUCUAUGUUCCGCUGGUAUGGGAAGGCUAGAAAAUGCUAUGUCUAUUUAUCAGAUGUAGAGGUCGUUCAAAAUGGUGUAGAGCAACCACAAAGCGUGUGGGAAGGGCGUUUUCGGGCCAGCCGAUGGUUUACAAGAGGAUGGACGCUCCAAGAACUCCUGGCUCCAAUAUCAAUCGAGUUCUUUUCACGGGAUUGUUGUAGGCUUGGUGACAGGGAAUCUCUGAAGUUGAUUAUACAUGAGAUCACGGGAAUUGCUAUUGAAGCGCUCCAAGGAGUUCCUUUAUCGAAGUUUAGUGUUGAUGAUAGAAUGAAAUGGGCGGAAAACCGAAUUUCGAUGAGAGAAGAAGACGCAGCAUAUAGCUUGCUUGGUAUCUUCGAAGUAUCUAUGUCAGUUAUCUAUGGUGAGGGAAGGGAUAAUGCAUUCAGGAGGCUCAACGGUGUGAUCGAGCCCUCUCUAGAUAAGUGUUGCCUAAUUGAUCUGUUCAUCACCGAUCCACGAAAGGACAAACAACGUAUCGAGGAACUUAAAGGAGGACUGCUCUUUAAGGUAUACGAAUGGGUCUUCCAAAACACGGAAUACCAACAAUGGUACAACGACCAAAGCAACCGCUUGCUAUGGAACAUCUUGCAUGAUGAGAGUUUGAAGCCAAUAAUCUUGAUUAUUGAUGCACUUGACGAAUGCGAAAAGAAUAUGGUCAAAUUACUUCGCCUGAUUGUUUCCAGUCUAACUGAGUUUCCUCGCGUUAAGUGGCUCGUCUCUAGUCGUAACUGGUCUGAAAUUGAAGAGGCACUAGGGCCGAUUGAGGAGAGAACGUCGCUCAAUCUCGAAUUAAAUACCUACACAGUAUCUAUUGCUGUCGAUUGGUAUGUAAGAGAUAAAGUGGAAAAGCUUGCAAAGAUAAAAAAAAGUAUUAAAAAAAAUAGAACGACAAUUGAAUCGUAUCUUCUAGAGAAUGCGAACGGAACCUUCCUUUGGGUGGCUUUGGUCUGCCAAAAUCUUCAAGAACUUCGAUUCUUCACGACUUCAAUGUUACAAGAUUAUUACCCUCCAGAGUUGGAUCCCUUAUACGAACGUAUGCUACAGCAAAUUCUAGAUAUAAAAGAGCAUGAAGUAACUGAGCUUUGCCUUCAGCUUACAGCUAUUGUAGUAGUAGCCUUUCGACCUAUUACGCUCUGCGAGUUGCCACGUCUGAUCGGAUCGAAGAUUGAUUUGGAAGAAAUCAUUAAACUUUGUGGCUCCUUUCUGGUCGUUCGUAAUCAGAGUAUCUUCUUCGUUCACAAGUCGGCAAAGGAUUUCCUAUCAAAAAAGGCUGCUGAGACAAUAUUUCCAAAUGGGAUCGGUAAGGUUGAGAAAGCUCCUGAACUUUCCGCUUAUAUUCAUGAUGCCAAGCGCUUCGUCCUUUAUAACCGAGUAGGAAUUGAACAAGCUCCUCUUCAAAUCUAUUGCUCAGCCCUUUUCUUUGCUCCAGAGAAUAGUAUUAUUCGAAAAAUAUUUCAAAAAUGUAUCCCGAGUUGGAUUUAUAAAAUAUCAAGGACACGAUCAAAUUGGAGUGCCGCCCUCCAAACGCUCGAGGGUCAUUCGAAUUCGGUCAGUACAGUUGCCUUCUCACCAGAUGGUACAAAGAUAGCUUCAGGCUCAAACGAUAGGACAAUCCGGCUUUGGGAUGCGAUCACGGGCGAAUCACUUCAAACGCUCGAGGGUCAUUCGGAUUGGGUUAGAUCAGUUGCCUUCUCACCAGAUGGUACAAAGAUAGCUUCAGGCUCAAACGAUAGGAUAAUCCGGCUUUGGGAUGCGAUCACGGGCGAAUCGCUUCAAACUCUCAAAAAUCAUUCGGGUUUAGAGGCAUCCUCAGCCUUUGAACGGUACUUUAAGUCAAACCAUUGGAUAGCUGAAAGAUCAGAUGAAGAAGUGCGAAAUAUUUUUUGGCUACCUCCAGACUAUCGGCCAAAUAAAUUGAAGAUCUGA